AGAUGAUCAGUUCACAAUUAUCGUUCCAUCUUCAGACCCUAGCAGAGAGAGUCGCAAAGACAAGAGCUUCGCCGGCGGUCUCAACUCUCUAGAGAAGACGAAACAAAGAAUUUAAGGAUGGCUUCAAGGUUGCAACAACUUCAGUCAAAGGCAUGUCAAGCUACACAGUUUUUGAUGAAGAAUGGAACUGCUUAUCACAAGCAAUUGUUGGAGCAAAACAAGCAGUACAUUCAAGAUCCACCUACUGUAGAGACCUGCAACUUGUUAGCCAAACAGUUGCUCUACACUCGCCUUGCUAGUAUUCCUAACCGUUGCGAGUCAUUCCGGAAGGAAUUUGAUUUCGUGAAGCACGCGUGGAAAAACAGGCAGGAAUUGAAAGUUGAGGAUAUCGGAGUUGCGACCCUCUUUGGAGUAGAGUGCUUUGCAUGGUAUUGUGCUGGUGAGAUUGUCGGAAGGGGAUUCACCAUCACCGGUUACUAUCCUUGAAUAUCAUAUUCAAUCGAUGAUUAAUUAAAGAAUCGUUAUAAUUUCUUCGAGAAGAUUUAUUUCAGUUUUAUUUCCAUUCGCCCUUAAUAAUCUGGAAUAUACCCUUGUAGUUUUGACCUUAUCCCCACUUCGUUUGAAGUGGUACUUUGGCGAAUUUUUUAUCGGUAGUAGUUUCGAUUCGUGUAUUUUAUCUGUUUGAGUACACAUCGUUAUGAAAAUCGUAAUUGUUUUCGAGAAUUCA